UGGAAUAUUACAGUUUUGAUUGAAAAUGCCUCGUUAUGAUGAUCGAUAUGGUAGCACACGCCUCUAUGUUGGUCGGAUAUCCUCAAGGACACGCUCACGUGAUUUGAAACGUCUUUUUAGCAGAUAUGGAAGGUUUCUGGGGUUUGGCCUAACCUGGAGGUCUUUGAUGGGAGGGUGGCCUUUGGUGGAAUUGGUGGAAAUUCUUGCCGAGUGUAUAGGAGACUUUGGCGAUUCUUUCUGUAAUGUUAUUGCGUGUUUUUAUGCAAUUGGCAACAAUCUCAAACUGGUGUUUAGUUCGUCUGUGAUGGCCAAAGUAUCAUACUCUUGCAGUAGUUAAGUAAUGAUAGCCUUACUGUUUCUGGCAACCAUUUCCGCAGAGUACGGGAUGUGGACAUGAAGCGUGAUUUCGCCUUUGUUGAAUUUAGUGAUCCUCGAGAUGCUGAUGAUGCAAGGUAUAGCUUAGAUGGUCGAGAUUUCGAUGGGAGCCGCAUCAUUGUGGAAUUUGCUAAGGGGGGGCCACGUGGUUCUCGUGAGUAUUUAGGUAGAGGGCCCCCUCCUGGAUCUGGUCGUUGCUUUAACUGCGGCAUUGAUGGGCAUUGGGCUCGAGAUUGCAAGGCUGGAGAUUGGAAGAACAAGUGUUAUCGCUGUGGAGAGAGAGGCCAUAUAGAGAGACAGUGCAAAAAUAGCCCAAAGGAUCUAAUAAGGAAAAGGAGUUAUUCACUUUCACCAACUCCUCCCCGCCGUGGUAGAAGCCGCAGUCGAAGUUAUAGCAGAGGCCGCAGCUACAGCCGAUCAAGAUCCCCUGCAAGAAGAGGGCGAAGCGUUGAUCGUGAUGAUGGAUCACUGAGCCCUACUUAUAGGAGACCGAGGCCUAGGGAUAGUCCAAUUACCUCUAAGACUAGGAAACGCAGCCCAACUCCUGAUGAAGGUGGCCCUCUGGAGAGAGAUAGCCGUUCUCCAAUGAAUGGUAGAUUGGCCACCCGGCAAGAUGGGUCUGAUUAUAGUGGAAGCACGAGGGAUAGGAGCAGAAGCCCCAUGAGUCCUGAAAGAGAUGGUUCUGUUGGUAGGAGGUAUGCAAGUCCCAAUGAAGCUAAUGGUCGCAACCGGAGUCCCAGUGGCAGUCCUAGAGAUGAUAGGAGCCCUGUUGAUGUUGAUGAUGAUGACCGCUACUCUCCAAGGGGCAGUGAGUCUGCUUGAUAAUGGUUCUGUUUAAUAAGAGUUUGUUCUCUUUGCACAUAAAUGGCAUAUCUAGGCAAUCCAUUUACGAUCUACUUUAGGGAAGCUUUUGUAACUAAAAUUAAGGGAGCUACAUGAAUCUUGAUUUGGGAUGCUGUGUGUGUGGGAUUUAUUCUAUUAUAAGUGUGCUACAUUUUUUUAGCUUUGGGUAUGGAUAAUAAUUAUUAUUUGGAAACACUAGAGAAUAAUGUUUUGUGGUUGGUUAAAUAGCGGUACUCCGAGAAGUCACAUUA